GGACUUUUUAUUGAAUAUUGACAUUGGCAAAUAGCACUUGAACAAACACCAGGAACUAUUCUGAUCGAUGUUUUGUAACCACGAUGAGUGCACCGAUCAAGAGCCUUUUGAGAGGAUUAAGAUUCAUGACACAAGCAUUUGAUUCAAAAGAACCAGAAAUGGAAAUUGGUCUUCCCACAGAUGUAAAGCAUGUCUCUCACAUUGGAUUGGAAGGUGCAUCUGCCAAUCAACCUAGCUGGAUGUCUACGUUUAAACCUGGUGAUGUUGCAAAAGAGCCUUCAAAUUCCAUUGUUCAAUCAAAGAACCUUGAAAAAAAUUUGACCCCGGAAGAAAAACAGGAUUCAAAGGAGAAGCCAAAGAAAAAAUCGAGAAGGAAACCAUCUAGCGGCAGCUCUGGCUCACUCUUAAGUUCCCCAAAGUCAGGAGCUUUAGAUUCUCCAAGACGGGGCCAGAGUUCAAAUCUUAGCAAUGAGUCAUCUUCUCAGGAUCCUGCUGGCAUUUCAAAACAAUCUCGCAGGAAAAAAUCAAAGCAGCAAUCUGGUGGAAGUGAGUCAGGACAGAAAACAAAGAACAGAAACAGCAAAUAGGUUCAGAUUUGGAAGCGAAUGAAGAAGAGAAAGGAUGAGAUAGAAGUUCAGAAGGAAUCUAGAGAUUAGUAAAAUACAAGUUUACAUAAUCCACUGUUAAAAAAAAGUGUAAUUAUAUUUAACUUCUUUGUCCAAUAUUAUGAAUAACAAUGGGAUUUGGUAA